AUGCCGCAGACGGCUGAGGAACAGGGACAUGAAAGUUGCUGUCAGCCGCCCUAUGACCAGGCACUGCGUGUGCCUGGGUCCUCCUGGGUGAUUUGUGCCGGACGCGUCCACCACAGCCUCUGGCUGCUGCCGGCUGUUCACGUCCCAGGACAGACCUCCGAGUGCGAGCGCUGGUGGCUGCCACCGUCGGUCUGUGGCGUGUCCGAGCGGGCAGUCACCGCGGGGCAGUCCCGGGACAGCCUGCUAGCGCACAGCUCUCCCUUGAGGAGGACCCCCCCCCCCGGAGGGACAGGGACACCCAGUGUGGAGCAGCUGUGUGUUUGCCGCUUUCAGUCGUCCGGCGGGCCUCCGUGCCCACAAGGCCCAGUGCUGCGACUGUCCUGGGAUCUCACACCCGGGACCGGGGCCUUCCUGGAGCCCUACCCUCUGCACGGCCUGGUGUGCACCCCCAGUCCCACCGGCCCUGCUGAUACGGCACAGGGAGAACACAAGGCUGCCCAGCGGCGUCUUGUGACCCAGUCUGAUCGCUUCCCUUUGGGAAUGACACUCAUCUCCGUGUCUUUGAAAUACCCCAGAAGGGACACAGUGCGGAACGUGGUGGACGUCCUUGCCAAGCUCCCUCCUGGUGCUCCCGGGAGCCGCUGGGCACAUCCGGACGCCCAGUUCAGCUGCUUCUCCCUGAUGGCCACGGACCCCACAGGGCUGUGUGGACGCUGCUGGGGAAAUGAGGCGGCUCCAGGCCCCGGGGCAGGGGCCAUGUGGGCUCCACGCUGCUGGUUGCCAGUGGGGCUGCUCCUACUGAUCCUGGAUGCUGGCCUGGGCCCCAUGAGCAGCCGCCUGAGGCUGGCUGUGCUGCCCGAGGACCAGCUGCAGAUGAAGUGGAGGGAGUCAGGAGGGGGCAACCUCGGCUACCUGGUACAGGUGAAGCCCAGGGCAGGGGACACGGAACAGGAGGUGAUGUUGACUACCAAGACCCCCAAGGCCACGGUGGGGGGCUUGAGCCCCUCCAAGGGCUACACCGUGCAGAUCUUCGAGCUCACCAGCUCAGGGAAUGCCCUGCUGGCACAGCGGGAGUUUGUGAUUGAGGAUUUGAAGAGUAACUCUGUGAGCAGGAGCAGCCAGAUGCCGCUGGAGGCAGCCGUGGAGCCCAUGCCCUCCCACGUGGGGAGCCCAGACCCUGAGCCCCGAGUUGCCUUGUCCCCAAGCCAAGACCCGCCCACUCCUGGUGGUGCAGAGUCGGGUGAGGCUAGCCCCCAGUUCCGCUGCACACCCCCCACACCCGUGGACAUGAUCUUCCUGGUGGACGGGUCCUGGAGUAUUGGCCACGGUCAUUUCCAGCAGGUCAAAGAUUUCCUGGCCAGCGUCAUCGAGCCCUUUGAAAUCGGGCCAAAUAAAGUCCAAGUCGGCCUGACUCAGUACAGUGGAGACCCCCAGACCGAGUGGGACCUCAGCGCCUUCCGCACCAAGGAGGAGGUGGUGACAGCUGUCCACAGCCUCCGCUACAGAGGGGGAAACACGUUCACAGGCCUGGCCCUGACUCACGUGUGGGAGCAGAACCUGAAGCCCGGAGCGGGGACCCGUCCAGAGGCGGCCAAGGUGGUGAUCCUAGUGACGGACGGCAAAUCCCAGGACGAUGCCCGUGCUGCUGGCCGCGUCCUCAAGGACCUGGGUGUUGCCGUCUUUGCUGUGGGCGUGAAGAACGCAGAUGAGGCUGAGCUGCAGCUCCUGGCGUCCCCGCCGCUGGACAUCACCGUCCACAACGUGCAGGACUUCCCGCAGCUCGGCACCUUGGCCGGCUUGCUCAGCCGCCUCAUCUGCCAGAAGGUGCAGGGCGGGAGCCGGGGCCCCGUUACACCGGCCGCCGGCACCCCGGCCCCAGAUACCGCCUGCACUCCCAGCAGCCUGGUCUUGACCCCGGUGACCUCUUCCAGCAUCCACCUGUCCUGGACCCCAGCCCCCCAGCUGCCGCUCAAGUAUCUGAUCACGUGGCGGCCUUCCAGGGGUGGCACCCCGCGGGAGGUGGUGGUGGAGGGGCCCACCUCGUCCGCGGAGCUUCACAGCCUGACGGCCGGCACCGAGUACUUGGUGUCUGUGUUCCCUGUCGGCAAGGCCGGGGUCGGCCAGGGCCUGCGGGGCCUUGUGACCACAGUGCCUCUGCCUGCGCCCCAGGCCCUGACCCUGGCUGCCGUGACCCCCAGAACCAUCCGCCUGGCCUGGCGGCCCUCGGCUGGGGCCACACAGUACCUGGUGCGAUGCUCGCCGGCCUUCCCCCCGGGCCAGGAGGAGGGCAGAGAGGUGCGGGUGGGACAGCCAGAGGUACUGCUGGACGGCCUGGAGCCUGGCACAGACUAUGAUGUCUGGGUGCAGAGCUUGCAAGGGACAGAGGCCAGCGAGGCCCGGGGCAUCCGUGCCAGGACUGCCACCCUGGUGCCCCCCAGACACCUCGGCUUCUCGGAUGUGAGUCACGACUCAGUCCGUGUGUUCUGGGAGGGCAUCCCGAGGCCCGUGCGCCUGUUCAGGGUCAGCUUUGUCUCCAGUGAGGGCAGCCACUCCGGGCAGGUGGAGGCCCCUGGGAAUGCCAGCUCAGCCACUCUGGGCCCUCUCUCCUCUUCCACCACGUAUUCUGUCCGCCUCACCUGCCUCUACCCUGCGGGCGGUUCCUCUACACUGACCGGCCGCCUGACCACACGGAAGGUCCCCAGCCCGAGCCAGCUCUCGGUGACAGAGCUCCCUGGGGACGAGGUCCAGCUGGAGUGGGCAGCUGCCGCGGCUUCUGGAGUGCUCGUCUACCAGAUCAAGUGGACCCCCCUGGGAGACGGGAAGGCCCAUGAGAUCUCUGUCCCAGGGAACCUGGGUGUGGCGGUCCUGCCUGGCCUCCAACGCCACUUGGAGUAUGAGAUCACCAUCCUGGCCUACUACAGGGACGGGGCCCGCAGCGACCCAGUGUCCCUCCGCUACACCCCUGGUGCUGCCUGCCUCACAGCACGCCGGAGCCCACCCUCCAACCUGGCCCUGGCUUCCGAGUCACCCAGCAGCCUGCGGGUCAGCUGGACCCCCCCAAGUGGCCACGUCCUCCGCUACCGGCUCACCUACGUGCUGGCCUCGGGCUCGGGACCCGAGAAGUCGAUCUCUGUCCCAGGAUCCAGGAGCCACGUGACACUCCCCGACCUGCUGGCAGCCACCAAAUACAGGGUCCUGGUCUCAGCAGUCUAUGGAGCAGGGGAGAGUAUGCCAGUGUCUGCCACAGGCCGGACGGCCUGCCCCGCCCUCAGCCCCGAUGGCCCCCUCCCAGGCUUCGACCUCAUGGCGGCCUUCGGCCUGGUGGAGAAGGAGUACGCUUCCAUCCGUGGUGUUGCCAUGGAGCGCGCGGCGUUCAGCUGUGCCAGGACCUUCACGCUCUUCAAGGAUGCUCAACUGACCCGCCGGGCCAGUGGCCUCCAGCUGGCUGCCCCCCCACCAGAGCACACGGUGGUCUUCCUGCUGCGUGUGCUGCCCGAGACCCCCCGCGAGAGCUUCGCGUUAUGGCAGAUGACGGCCGAGGACUUCCAGCCCAUCCUGGGGGUCCUGCUGGAUGCUGGCAGGAAGUCUCUGACCUACUUCAACCACGACCCCAGGGCCACCUUGCAAGAGGUCACCUUUGACCUGCCCGAAGUGAGGAGGAUAUUCUUUGGAAGCUUCCACAAGGUGCACGUGGCCGUGGGCCGCUCCAAGGUCAGGCUCUACGUGGACUGCCGGAAGGUGGCCGAGAGGCCCAUCGGGGAGGCGGGCAGCCCACCUGCCGCAGGCUUCGUGAUGCUGGGGAGGUUGGCCAAGGCCCGGGGCCCCCGGAGCAGCUCAGCCACAUUCCAGCUCCAGAUGCUGCAGAUCGUGUGCAGCGAGUCCUGGGCAGAGGAAGACGUGUGCUGCGAGCUCCCUGCGGCGAAGGAUGGAGAGACCUGCCCUGCCUUCCCAUCCGCCUCCACCUGCACCUGUUCCUCGCAGACCCCUGGGCCCCCAGGGCCCCAAGGACCUCCGGGCCUCCCUGGAAGGAACGGAGCCCCAGGAGAGCAGGGCUUCCCAGGGCCCAGGGGUCCGCCAGGGGUCAAAGGAGAGAAAGGUGACCAUGGGCUCCCGGGCUUGCAGGGCCAUCCUGGUCUCCAGGGAGCCCCCGGGAAGGUCGGCCUCCAGGGACCAAAGGGAAUGCGAGGCCUGGAGGGGAGCACUGGCCCGCCUGGACCUCCAGGCCCGAGGGGCUUCCAGGGCACGGCGGGGGCCAGGGGCACUGGAGGGGAGAGAGGACCCCCGGGGGCCGUGGGGCCCACGGGCCUGCCAGGACCCAAAGGGGAGCGAGGAGAGAAGGGUGAGCCACAGUCCCUGGCCACCAUCUACCAGCUCCUGAGCCAGGCCUGCGAGUCUGCCAUCCAGACUCAUGUGCUGAAGUUCCACUCCUUUCUCCAUGAGAGCGCCAGGCCCCUCAGGCCCAUCUGGGAGGCCCCCAGGCACCCCGGCACACUCAGUGAGGCCCGGCUCCCUGGAGAAGGGGGAGAUGUUGGCCCCCGCCCGGUGAACAGAGGACGGUUCCCGUGCUGCCCACAGUGA